GCCGCCUUGGUGGGGCGCUUCAUCAUUUUAUAUACGGUCUGGUUGCUGAUGGCCCCACAGCUCAGUAAAGUAGAGGAAGAGCAGCUCGCACGAUGAAAACGAUUUUCCUGGUGCUCGCCCUGGCCCUUGUGGCCCAAUCCAAGCCGGCUAGAAAUCCUUAUGAUAUCUUCAACCACCCAUUCUUCCGCGUCCCUAGCUUCAGCGAUGAGGUCAGCUCAGAAGAUUCACAGUCCGAGUCUGCCCCCGACUACAGCGAGGUGCCCGCGGUGCCGUCACCUUUCCAUCCUACUGCCGGAACUUACUCUCUAAACACGAUGCUGGAUGGUAUUUUCAAGAGAAUGAGGGACCAGUUUGAUCGUCUCCCUACCCCCAACUUCCACUCCUUUGGUUUCCCAGCGGUUGAUGGCCCCAAUGGUCCUCCUUCCAAGUCAACCUCUACCUCGACGGUGGUCGGAGAUCACGUUGUGACCGUGAACGAGACUGAGUAUCACAAUGAAGACGGCGGCCACAAGUCCGUUUUCCGUAUCAAGGUGAUCGAUUUCAGCCCUAAGAAGGACGCCUCCAAGAAACAGCCCGUAGAGGCGGAGAGUUCAUCCGUCGAGGAAAUCGUUGAAGUCGACCUCCCUUCAGAAAAAGCACCUGAAAAUGAUGUGACAACCACCGAAUCAGGCGAGUCAUUGGAAAAGGAAAUGGACAAUGAGAUUCCCAGCCAGAGUCAAGAGUCGCUUAUGGACACUAUUAAGAGGUGGAAUGAGCACAAGCAGAUUGCAAGAAGUGCAACAGACGAAGAUGUGGAGCUCAUCCCCGGAGCAGAGACCCCGAUCGACCUGACUGGUGACCUCAAGGUCAAUCAAAUUCUGCAAGAUCAGGCUAGGAAAGGAGGUCUUUUCAUGCCAGACCCUGACGCUGAAUUCAUAGAAGUAGAUGAUGACGGAAAAUUAGUCCCAAUUAACUUGCAAGAAAUUUAAUUGCUUUUUGGCUCACGCUUGCUCAAUCAGUACAAAAGGUAAAUUAUUAUUAUUAUUAUUUAUGAAAGCAGGCCCAAUAAUUAAUUGAUAUUCACCAGAGCUAGCAUGACAAGUAUUCUAUAUGAAAGAUGUGCAAUAGAGUCAAGGUGAAAACUGAAGUUAAAUAAUUUUAGUCCGUUCUUACUUUUGUGUAUUUUAUGAAAAAUCUGAAUAAAUGUUUGUGAUAUUUUU